CGCUCGCCUCAGCCAGUCAGUAACGAGAAAGAGGUGGGUUAUGUACGUUAAUAUGCUCCCUCAAACCCUACUUGUCCUCAGCCUCACUGUGCCCUGGUACCUCAAUGACAAGAGAAACAAGUGCUAAAGUUCCCGCAUCGCGCUGAAGACAUUCCUGGGAAGAUGUUGUGAUGCUGUACAGGAGUGAAAACUGAUCUAAGGCCGUGUGAUGCAUUUGUUUGUAUAGCAGUGUGUGACCACAGUGACCCUCCCUCCUCCGUGUAUGCACCGUGCCUAGACAGCCCCCCCCUCUCCUUGACCCGGUCCCUCCUACCCUCCCAAUUGAUUCUGAUUAGUGAACAUAUACUGAAUAACCAAAACUGUUUAUGUGGAAGGCGAGUGUAUAUGCCGUAUAGGCCGAGAGACUUAAAAGAGAGGGACAGGAUUCACUAACACGAACGCGAGUCCUAAGCCAGCAUUCCACCUGACACCCAGACAAAGACAGACCCACCCACCCACCUGCUCCAAGCCUCCCUCCAAGCCUAAGGACAGUGCCAGACCUCCAGACCAGACCAGCAGGCUCCCGGAAGAAAGACACAAGCAGCGCCUCAAGGCCAGGACAGGCGUGACGUGCUGGGUCGGCGUGUGAGGCUGUAGUGGGGGAUUUCCUACUCUAGGCCACCACGCGAAACUUCUUGCUGGCUGGUCCACGUUCAUUCACAGACGCGCGAGUACGGCCUGCCAGCACGCCUUCAUGCUUUGUUCGAGAGCAGUGUGCGCAAUCUGUUGCAGGUAUAGAUGACACCACAAGGCUCAGAAGACAUACAACGACCGCGACGGUGCUGAGGCUCCAUGGCGCCACAACGCAGGUUGCCAGCUGCCCCCUGGCUGGCCCUCUUCCUCGUGGGCCUGGCCAUCCCCCUCUCCUUCACCUGCCCUAACUGCUACAAAAGUUUUGAUACGUUAUCUUGCUCAAUGAAUGCAACUUUCGCACAGCAAUACAAACUGGAGUUAAAAGAUGACAAUGGUACAACAGAUAGUUUACUUUCUCUCAGGUGUGACUAUAGAGCAUCACAUCUUGAUUUGGCUUUCCACAAAGGGUGUAACUUCUCCUCAGUCCAGCAUGUGUCACUCAGCCUUUGCCCACUCUUCAAUGUCUCAUUCAGUAAGGCCUUUGCCGAGUUGGGAAUACUGCCGGAGAAGAUUUUACAAGUGACAUUCGACAAUCGAGGAGUAAGGACAGACUUGAAACUUGAAAGGUGGCACCUCGAUGGACUUACAAACCUUGAGUUCUUGGAUUUAAAGAAUACUAAGUUUACCACCAUACCUCCAGAUUUACUUCAAGCCACUCCCAAGCUGCAACACUUUUUCUUUUCCCAAGCCAAUAUGUCAACAGUACCCGAAACCUUAUUUGCAGGUGCAUCACAUCUUAAAUCUAUUCACCUCAUAAAUAACAAUUUUGAGAGUUUGCCAGACAACUUAUUCUCCAACAUUUUUACCCUGACAGGCUUAACUGUGUACGGCAACACACUUGGGGAGAUUAGCCCAAAGCUCCUGUCCAGUAUUCCCAAGGUGUAUCAAUUGGAACUUUCUAUAAACAAGAUAAGAAAGAUCACUUCAGACACAUUUUUAAAUCUUCCAAAGUUGAAAACACUAUACCUCAAGAUAAAUGAACUUGAAUCUUUGCCAGAGGACAUAUUUCACAACUGUCCUGACUUGGAGACUGUGAACCUACAAUAUAACAAGCUUCAGGCACUUCCAUCACAGCUUUUUAGCAAGUCCAAGAUGAUUACAGAUUUAAGUUUCUCAAACAACAAAAUAAUUGAAAUCCCCCAAGGAUUAUUUCAAGGACUGAUAAACUUAACCGAGCUGUCAAUGUCAGCAAACGCCCUCGAAAAAAUACCUGAAGGAUCAUUUGCAGACCUAAUUAGUCUUGAAAAGUUAUCUCUUAAUGAUAAUCCUCUCAAGACUCUGCUGUCUGGAACCUUUAACAGCCACCACAAACUUAAGACUCUUGACCUAAAAAAUGCAAGUCUUUCUGAUCUGCCCAGUAACAUUUUUAAGACUUGUGAGUCACUAGAGGAGAUUGAUCUGUCAGACAAUCACUUGAGUGAGCUCAGGAGCACAUUCUUCCCUCACCCUAUCACAAUUCUCAGAAUCCUAAGACUAGGAAAUAACAACCUGUCCUUCUCAACCAUUGUCAGUAAGCCAGAAGCAAGAGAAGCAGGGAGGACAGACGAGGUCCUGCUGGAACAGUUUCCUCUCUCAGACCAAGUUGGCCUCACUGAACUCACCCUUAACAGCAACAGAAUAAAAGCCAUACCUCAUGCCUUCAGAAACUUACAAAAUCUUAUGCAAUUGGAUUUGAGGAAUAACAGCAUUGAAUAUUUGGAUAAUUUUGACUUCUUAUGGAAUCCAGAUCAUGGAAAUCUUGACAGGAGUAAUGCGUCUCAGGCAGAACGCCAAGACCUAAACAGUGAUAUUCCUAAACGAGUAGUUGGUGUUAAAUUAAGAGAUAAUCCACUGAUUUGUGACUGCAACCUUUAUAAGUUUGCAAGAUUGCUGCAGGAAAAAAAUUCAGAGCAGGACAAAAAUAUGGUGCACCUGGAAGUUGAAGAUAGUAACGCUGUGAAGUGUUCACCGCCAAACAACCGCAGUGAUCAGAAGCUGGUGAUGACUCUUGACUUCACCAAACUCUUCUGCUACAGGAAGGAAUGUCAUCCUUCCUGUUCCUGCGCCAUCAGACCCCACGACCACAUGUUCAUCAUGGACUGUGCUUCCCAAGGACUUCAGGCAAUACCAAAGCUGAAGCCAUACUUGCCCAAGGGAAACUACUCUAUCACACUCAGUGUCACGAACAACUCCAUUGCCAGCCUUGAGGGUCUCCAAAGCCCUUCAUACAACAAUCUAGUGAACUUAACAAUCCCUUCCAACCACCUUAAGGUCAUCAAUGAAAGUUACUUGCCUAAGACACUACAAGUCUUAGAUGUCAGAAGAAAUUAUCUCACCAACUUCUGUCCUUCAGUCAUUAGCUUCCUCAAUGCCACAAAUGCAAAUCUUGGCCUGGGUGGAAACCCUUGGCUCUGUGACUGCCAACUGGUUGACCUCCACGUCUUCCUAAGAGAUCCUAAGAGAAAGCUUGCCGAUUCACACUCAAUCCUCUGCAGCAACUUGAACAAGCAGCUGCUGAGCCUGACGGAGGAAGAGCUGUGCCCCACCAUCCAGCGGCCCAUGGUGGUGGCUACAAUAGCCUCAACCACUGUCUUGCUCGUCGUCUUUUUUGUACUUGGAACUGUGGUUGUGUUCAAUUUCCAGCAAGAAAUCAAGGUGUGGCUUUUUAAUCAUCGAAUGUGUUUGUGGGCUGUGGCCAAGGAGGAAGCAGAUGCCAAUAAGAAAUAUGACGCCUUCAUCAGCUACUCCAACAAGGAUGAAGAGUAUGUGAACACAGUGCUGGUGCCAGGCCUGGAGUGUGGGGAGCCCAGGUACCGGGUGUGCCUCCACUACAGGGACUGGGUGCCCGGCGAGUACAUCCAGAACCAGAUUGACCAGAGCAUUGAGGACAGCCACCGCACCAUUGUUGUGCUCUCCUCAAACUUCAUUGAAAAUGUUUGGGGACAAAUUGAAUUCAAGACAGCCCACUCCAAGGCACUUAGGGAAAAGAGCAAGAAGAUAAUUGUUAUAGUUCUGGGACAGGUGCCCCCAGAGUCUGAGAUGGACGAGGAGCUCAAGUUGUACCUCUCCACCAGGACUUAUCUCCAGUCAGACCACCCGAAGUUCUGGGAGAAUCUCAGAUAUGCAAUGCCUCACCCUCAAGAAUUCUUCCAAAAGAAACAAAACAAAACCAAGAAAACGGAGAGACUGGAGUUGGUCCAUAAGAAUGCUAAACCAAAAUAGUACCUGUUACCACAAAGGAUACUGUAUGAAGUGUUCCUUGAAAUAAAAGACAAAUGGUGCCUAAUAAGGACACAGCUUAAUACCUGAAAGAAAAAGAACUGCUAUUCUGAGAUGCAAUAGCUCAAUCCAUGUGCAAUCUUUUUUAAUAAAGUGACAGAUUAGUUCAGCUUCAGUUUGAGCUGCCAGUAAUAAAAGCUUUGUAAAUAUGUGGCUUCUGGUGUUUCGUCCUUCCAUUUAUCAUAAAAGUGUGAGCAUAAGCCUUAUGAAGACAACUGUGACAUAUACCAAUACCUAAUACCUUGCGAAAUGCCAGAAAACUAUAACAAAUGUAUCAUUGUGUGAUUUUGAGGGUUAUCAAUAUGAUAAACAAACUGAUAAUUUCCAGGUAAUAUAUGUCAAACAAGAGUCAGCUACUCAUAAUGGAUGAAGAUUUCUGGGGAAUUGGGAAUGAGAUGUAAAUACGUACUAAAAGUGAUCGUUCCCAACAAACAAGUAAAGAAAAAUUCACAAGAAAACUCACAUGAUGAAGUUAACUGCUUCAGAUCCUCAAAACAAAGGAGUAUAGUGUUGAUAAAAUAUGAAUUGCAUUCUUGAUUCUGUCUUAAGAGGUGACCUUGCUAUGUGAAACUGAAACACGAGGCAAAAUUACAUUGUCCAGGAUGAGAGUACUGGAGAUGUAAGGAACUUCUGCAGACUUCAUGGGAUGCACAAGGGAAUGUGGUGGGUGGGAGAUGCAAUGAAAUACAGAGCUCAUGUUACAUACAAAGAUGGACAGAAAAAGGAGUAAUGAAAUAGUUGACAAUAGUGGCAAAAAGAAUCUAUACCUGUGAUCACUGAGGAAGCAGAUGAAAAGAUAUUGUUUUUAUAAUACAAAAGAAUUGAAAAAAGUAAUGGAAAUGGCAAUCUGUCAAAGCUUAUUCAUGAGUUGGGCCCAAGGCUGAAAAUGAGAGGUACAGAGUAGUCCUUUAUGGCACACCAUAUGAAGAUGAGAGUGCUGUUGCAAGAAGGCACUGAGAUGCUGCAGAGGAUUGUGGAUGAAUUUGACAAGUGUGCAAGAGUUGAAACAAUGAAAAUAAGUGUUGGCAAGAGUAAGGUUAUGGUCAAGAAGGAAUGACAAUGACAGAGUAUAUGACACCAGGAUUGAGGGAGAGGGUGUCAGGAGAAACCUACUAGUGAAAUGGAUCAAAAGAGUGGAUGAGUAUUGGAGAGUGAGUUGGUAUGCAAAAAACUUGAGUGCUGGAACAAGGAAAGAUGGAAACGUUUCCGGUGUGGCCACCCUCUUGAGGGGGCAGGACAUCAAAUAUGAAAGAAAAAGAUUAGCUUGGAAAAACAAUGUCAAGCAGAACAAAUAAACUAGUUAUACUCUUGUUAUGAUGCCAUAUCUUGAUGGGUUGCAGGAUGUCAUGUGGUGUUAAUACCAUAAUCAUUACUAAAGUCAGGGUCUGGGUUACAAAAUUUAAAUGACCUAAAUAGCAUCACAGCACCAGAUUCAUGCUUAAAUGGAGCAUUUAUAUGUAAUGUUAAUCACUUCAGUGAGCAAUCUUUCCUCUAACUCUUGUUUCUUGAGGCUUAACUUGACUUUGCACCCUAUGAGUGCAGGAAACACGAAUUGUAAUGAUGUUAGAAUCUUACACAUGGCCAUAAAGGUGGAUAGGACAUCUUGUAAAUAUACCAAAUGGAAACCAA